UUUGCCUUAUCUCUCCACAAUAAAGCCAUACCAAUAAUAACACAUCCCCUCCCCUGCAAUGGCAAUUUCCUCCACCACAGCAACACCAUACAUAUCGCUGAAACAUUUUCAUGUUCUUUCUAUAAACAAAGCCCCUUUCUUCUCUUAUUCCCUUCCUUUUGCAACUUCUAAGCCACGUAAACUCGUCGUUAGGAACGCUGGCAGCGAUGUAUCAGCUGAGACUAGCUCAACAGACAUCGAACCUGAAACAUCCAUUGAAGCUCCAACAGAGCCUUCUUCUUUGAUCAAUUCUCUCAACGUGGAACGGGCCCUUCGUGGCAUUGCAAUUACGGAUGUAGAUCAUUACGCUACACUUGGACUCCGAAGAGGGUGUUCGUAUGAACAGGUCACCUCUGCAUAUAAGAACAAGGUGGAAGAACUGAAGAGUCAAGAGCUAGAAGAAGAAGAAGAAGAAGAAGUCGCUAAGAAGAUGGAACAAUUGAAAGAAUCAUAUUCAAUUUUAUCAUCAGUGGAAGAAAGAAGACUAUAUGAUUGGAGCUUGGCGAGAAAUGAAAAGCCAGAUAAAUACGUAUGGCCUUUUGAGGUGGACAUUACGCAAGCCCCCAAAGGAACGCCUCCACCUCCGAAACCAGAAGACGUGGGGCCGACAAGAGCGGUGGGAUACUUCUUCUUAGGAUGGUUGAUAUUAAGUUUCGUAUUAUCCAUUGCAUAUAAUUUAUAAAGAUAUAUUUAUGUUUUCGUAAAUGGUUACAAUUUAAUUAUCAGAAAAAAUAACAUUUCCAUUUACAUUA